AUGACAAAGCGUGCGUGCGAGGCGAAGUGGGUUCGCACAGACAAGAUGAAGAAACAGCGCUCAAAGCUUGCGCAGUUCAACCGAGCCACGCAGCACAGCCUCUCUCCGGAGCAUCGGUGGAUGUUGGAGACCUCGGCAUCAUUCGAAACGGUUCUGGAUGCAGCCAGCACGUCCUCGGCUUCCAUUGACCAGGGGCUGUCGCCAGUCAAAGCUCGAGUGUCCGCAGCCGGAAAAACUCCUGAUGAUGCAAUCGUGCAGCUCGAGGGCGAGGUAUCAGGUGGCAGCCUGACGAGCAUGCCCAGUGCGUGGCUCUACUGCCGCAUGUGUGAGUUCGAGGCGCUGAGAGGAACCUGCGAGAAUGCCGUGGCAAAGAUCUUCUUGGAACUCCGUCGCCGGGGUGACUUCCUGGAGCCAGUGUCUGUUUCCGAGAAUGAGUCGUCCGAGAAUGAGUCGGACACAGAAUUUUAUUCCGCCAGCGGCUGGAUCCACAUUGCCAGGUUGCGGAAGGACGAGCUGGAGUCGCAACAGCUGCGCCGCGACCUCCGGCUCCCCUGCAUCGUCGGUUUGGGUGGGCAUCCCCGCAAGACCCAGAAGCAGGCACAGGGCCCCAGUGCGACGGCCGAUUCAGAACCAUGCUACGGCUGGCUCUGGGAACGGAUCUUCCUAGGCGGGGGAUAUCACAUGAAAUGUCGCAAAGCGAUUGUGGAUGCGGCACAGCCACCCCCGAAGAAGUCUCAGAGAGUUGCGCCGGCAGAAAAAAAUUCGAAUGGGCCUAACCUCAACAAGCAGUUCACGAUGGACUUCGAGGAGCAUAUCACCCAGCUGUUCGACAAGUACCCGAACUUGGAGGAGAUGCCUGCCCUGUCCGUCACAGAGGGAGGCAGUGGAGCGAGAUUUUCUCAGGAGGCCUGUUCCCAGGCUUUGUCGAUGGGAGCCAUGUUUCGCUUCAACGGCAGCAUCUUCCUCCAUGACAUUCGGUACCGUCCCUGGCCAACGCUGCCUGUCAAUCGAGCGUCCAUCUUGGAACAGUUGGAGACGCACUACAACAACGGUCCGCCCGAGGCCGUCCCCUUCGACAUCACAGUAGCCACCGAAGGCAUGGACGACGACUUGAUGUCAUUGCAAGGGAAACUCAAACGAUUGUCGCCGGAGGAGCCUGUGUUUGCCCUGCUCUACGCAGCUGCCAUGGCAGAGACUGAGGAGGACAUCCAAGCAUACCAACGCCUCUUGCUGAAUGUGCACUACAAGGUGGUCUCACGAGCCGCCAAUGCAGAUUUGGCCAAAGAGUCGAUCUCUCUCCGUGAGAAGAUGACAGACGAUGUGCGCGCCAUCAAAAGGACUCCGCUGAGCAUGAUGCUUUUCAUGGUGGAGAAGAAGAAGGAGAUCAAAGGACCAGCCGGAAAGGUCACCACAGAAAAAGUCUACCAGUACUUCAAAGGCUGUCACUGGUCCAAGGAGUCCGAAGCGCCCUCCCUCGGUUUCCUCGAAAACUGUUUCUCUCUGUGGAACAAAAUCGAGGCUGCUCCCGGGAUCCUAGACACCAUCCAGCGUGCCGAGAUGGAGUUCAAUCAAGAUUCUCCUUUCUCCUCGGUCCAGCAGAUGUACCACAUAACCUUGGCAUGCAAGAAGGUACCGCCUGCCAAAUUGGCGUGGGUGUUCGAAGGGAUCUUGGAUGGAGCCAGAGCCCAAAUCUUGUCUAAGGAUGACAUAACCAAGAGUCGACUUUCCGGUGCUGAGAAAGUGAACCCUGUUCACGUCAUCGCCUUCAAGUACGACCUGCUCCAGGAACUGCUACACACCGAGUUGGCGAAGUUGGACAUUACCCCACAGGAUGCGGCGAGCGUGCGAGACAAGCUGCAGAAGGAUGUUGCGGUGUGGCUGGGUAAUUGUUAUACGUUUUUCUUGGGAGGCUUUAAUGUUUCGGGUUCACAGGGUAGCUUCGUCGACCUCGUGGACCAUAUCAUUUUCAGCAAGCUGCACGACACCUGCAUCCGGAGUUGUGUCAAGUUGAGCAAGGUGCCGGCAGAUGCGCUGCUUUACGGCUCGAUCGGGGUUGCUGUCGGCAACCUUCAGAAGAUGCAGGAGCAGCUGCGGACCGAGGCCAAAGCGGAAGCAGCCGCGCAGCUCAAGUGCAUGACAGACCAGGAACAGCCAUCAGUGACUCCGCUGGCAGAUGGCGAGAGCGAAGAGGGCGUGAAGCCCAUCGCAGGACAGGAGGACGAGACUGCGGAUAUGGAUGAUGAGAUGGCCGAGGCAUGGGCACGCUGGAAGGCCAAAGCGGUGGAUAAGGUGCGACGGCAUGUUGAGCUUUUGGUGCGACCAUCGAACUCGAGUUCGGAGGAGAUGUACCAAAUGUUCCGGGAUUGUGCUACAUACAAGCUGCCACUUCCCUCGGAUAAGCACUAUCACAUGCAUGUGUAUGACUGCAAAACCGAGGGUGAAUGCAAAACACGGCCACAUGUGCGGAAGCCAGUCCACCGGCCAACGUACAUGCUUGCAGCAGUGCAGGCUUGCCUGAAAGCGCGAUGCCAAGAGGAGGAUGACGACGCCAUGUACGUCACCAAUGAGAGCCUUUAUUGCUUCUUCGACGCCUGCAAGCACGAGCACAUCCAGACAUUCGAGAAGGCUUUCAGCACAGAGAACAACAGGUGCCAUGACAUCGACAUGGACGUCGUGGAACAUGCCUGCUUGAUGACCCUGGAUCCACUUGCGGUGGAGUCACGCAAGCGGCUCUUCUUCUCUAAAGACACGUCUUCCAACAAGUUCAAUCACCUGGGGCCUGUGACUCUCGAGGACAUCAAUGAUGAUAAGGUGGAGUGGCUCCUGCCUGUGGUCGAGAAAAGGGAGAUCUUGGGGGACACCCGCAAGGAAGGCAGCGGGCCCUGUCCUUUGGGCGGCGGAGAGGGUCUUGGAGGAGGUCGCAAAGCCCUCACCGAUGUGGAGCCUGUAGCAUGGCACGGUAACAGCGUGAACUUUUGGCGUGAGAUGGUGCACGGCUACUGGGCUGGAACUGCCACAGAUCUCACGCCUCAGAAUGAGAACUUCGCAGUAGCGUGCAUCUGUCAUGGAGUGCCAUACGUUGCCCUCUGCAACAAUGCCAUUCACAAAACCAAGCUCUACGAUCGCAUCGUGAAGCGAGUUCUCAACCUCAUGGGGGACGAGAACUGUCCAGCACUGUACGAGUCCGUCAUGGUUGCAGACCUUGCCAAGAAAGAGAAAGAGGAGGAAGGGACCGAGAAGAACAAGGGAAGGGGCAGGGGAAGGGGCAAGGGAAGGAGCAAGGGCAAACGCGGGAAGGGCAAGCAGGGUGCUGGAGCAGGAGAGGAUGGUGCCGAGGGUCAGGGUGGCCAGGGUGAAGGUGAGGGUGAAGGGGAAGGCGAGGGUGAUGAAGGUGAGGGUGCAGGGUCGAAGCCCAAGUGUGGCGGUGGCAGGGGCAAGGGCAGGCGCGGAAAGGGUGCCGGCAGGUUUGCUCUGAACCUGAAAAAGAAACUCGUCAGUGGCGAGACCGGUGUUGCCAAUCCAGGCCUGUCAGUAAGCACCCGAAACCCUACAGAUGAAUAA